AUGAGCGGUCCCCCCACCUACUUGGACGUAGGCGAGGCUGAAGUGCAUCUGGACAGGAAGACAAACAAGUGGAUAUGGGAGAAUGAGAAUGGCGAUGAGUAUGAAUGGCAUGGCCGUGUCCCGCCCAAAGAGGCCUCGUCGAAGAAGCCUGAGCGCAUUACGCAAGGUGGCUGGAUGAAGGUUAUUAGUGAUCAGGAUAUGGCAAAGCAACAAGAAGUCUACCGUGUAGAUGGUGUGGACGAGAAUACGCCUGCCGCGCCUGUAUUGCUACGGCAGCAGGGCAAAAAGCGCAAAGAAGAGAGUACCGAUCAUGUCUCGAUGGGCGCUGCGCCAACGAAGCGUGUGCGACCGAAUACAUCGGUGUAUGUGACUGGCCUGCCGUUGGAUGCGGGCUUGCAUGAAAUUGCCGAAGUAUUUGCGCGCUACGGCGUGCUUCUUGAAGACGACGAUGGCCGGCCUCGUGUGAAGCUGUACCAUGAUCCUGCAACGCAGGCAUUCAAAGGCGAGGCGCUGGUCGUCUAUUUCAAGCCGGAGAGUGUGGAAUUGGCGAUCCAGUUGCUGGACGAUACCUAUUUGCGUGCGGCCAAAGGCGUUUCCAGCGGCCCACGUAUGAAGGUCGAGCGUGCCGAGUUCCAUGAAAGUCCGUCGAAGAACGAUGAGGAGAAGCGCACGCUCACGGAAACCGACAAGAAAAACAUUCGCCGCCGUAUGCACCGUAUGCAAAACAAGCUCAACGACUGGGAUUCCGGGUCUGACGAGGAUCGUGCAUCGGCUGGACCGAGUGCGCAAGCACGUACGGUGAUCCUGAAAAGGAUGUUCACGCUGGCCGAGCUGGAUGAAGACCCUGCGCUGCUGCUUGAUCUGAAACAGGAUGUGCGCGAAGAGUGUGAGACGCUUGGCGACGUAACGCAUGUCGUGCUAUGGGACAAGGAGCCCGAAGGCAUCAUGACUGUGCGUUUCCGUGAUCCUGCUAUGGCCCGAGCGUGUGAGCGCCGCAUGCAUGGCCGCUACUUUGCCGGCCGCCAAAUCGUCGCGAUCCUCGUGGACGGCAAGCCCAAGUUCCGGCGUAGUGCACGUGACGACGAGGAGGCGCAGGACCGUCAUGAUGCGUUUGGCGCGUGGCUCGAGACGGCCUAG